AUGAUGAGUAUGAAAAACUCAUUGCCCCUCAUUGUUGGAAUCUCGUUGGCAAAUUCUCUUAUGGAAGACCCAAAAUGGAAGAAGUUAGACAAGAAUUGGAAAAGAGAAGAUGAUUUCCAGCGUUGUUGGAUUCAAAAUUCGUGGAACAUUAAAGGAUUUGCUAUGGGUAUUCUUAAAUGGCAGCCUGAUUUCAAAUUUGAAGAAGACCAGCCUGUAGUUCCUAUUUGGGUAGCGUUGCACGAUUUGCCGAUUGAAUUCUUAAACCCUCAGAUUUUAUUCUACAUUGCUACUGGGAUUAGAAAGCCUGUACAAGUUGAUACGCCGACGCUGAAUUUAACAAGGCCCUCCGUUGCUCAUUUCUGUGUCGAAGUAGAUCUUACAAAACAAAAAGGUUUUCUAGCCACUAUUAAAAUUGGGAAGAAAGGCAAGAAAUAUGAGCAGGCUUUUACUUAUGAAUAUGUCCCAUUUUAUUGCGACCAUUGCAGGAAAAUUGGCCAUAUGGAUUCUGCUUGUAGGCAGAAACAUUUUCUUGUUCUUGAGCAUGAUGGCAAGAAAUUCAAAGAUGCAAGGGAGUUAAUAGAUAAGAAGAAAGCAAAGCCAUCGCAGCCCUUGACAAAGUCGAGGCCUAGGGUUUUGCUGCAGGAGAAUGCAAACCCUAGCUCGCAGGCUGCGCUUUUGUCCUCUGAUAACCCUUCAUCAUCUGGUUUAUCCCAAAAAGAGAAGGAUGCUAUUGUAGUCGACAUUGAGAACUCUCCUCCUAAGCAGUUGGAAAAGAAUAAAGUACCCUUGGAAGAAAAUUCAGAACGGCCAAAAAAUAGUACUCAGAAGUUAGUCUCGCAGCCUGCGACUGUGGCAGCGGUGGUUGCGCCUCCAGUGGCAGCGUCGAAUAUGUUUGCAAUUCCUGAAACCAUUCAGGAAGAGGAUGGGGAAAUCAGAGACGACAGGAUGGAUUUCACAGUGUUGAAUUUGGAGCUACCAGUUCUGCAUGAAAAAGUGAAUGAAACUUUGCAGCAAGAAGGUUUUCUUGAUGAGAGCUGUUCUGAUAUGUCGCGACAAGAAGAAGAGAGUCAGGCUUUGCAGCGUCUUGAUAGUGACACUCCUCUCACCGUUGGACAGUUUCAUGAUGAUGCUGAAAUAGGAAAACAAACUGAAAGGCUUGAUGUCGUUGACGGUGAUCACGCUUGCUGGCUGGAGAAUGAUGUAGAUAGAGUUCGCGAUCAAGAAGCGACACAAGCGGAAGUUUCUGAAUCGCAAAAAGGAACUCGUAAAACGAAGGCAGAGAUGAUGGAGUUGCGAAAAGAGAUGGCCCCUCGUCGGUCAUCUAGGUUACAGUAA